AUGCGGCGCAACACGAUGGCCAUCAUCGAUGGCUUCAAUCGCAUGGACACGCUGUCGGUCCUGGCCUUCCGCGCCCCAAACUUCACCCGCGAAAUCCUGCCCUCGUCGCUGGGCGUGCCGGUGCAGGACUCGGCGGGCUUCCAGCGCUCGCUGAACAUGUCGCGCGCCGUGUUCCACAGCUUUAGCCUGGUGGUGAACGACAUGCUCGAGGACGGGCCCGCGCGCAAGGUCUGCCUGUGGCUCACGGCCGAGGCCAACACGGUCGCCGGCCCUUUCCGCUGGGAGAUGGUGUGGAGCUUCAAGUUUGACGAUGCCGGCCGCCAGGUCGUGCACUGGCGCGAAUUCGUCGAGUCCAGCGUCAACUUUGCCGACUUCAUCCCCUCGAUGAGUCCGACGCCAUUGCCCACCGUCUGAGCGAACCCCUACGCGCUGCUGGGGUUGCGGUUUGACGUUAAGAGUGCUAUGUGGAGAAGUCCUGA